GGAAUUUGCUUCUUUAUAAUGAUCCCUCCAAAAACCACGACGAACCCGUCCAUGCACCCUCCUCCAUUCAUAAUUCGAAGCUAGUUGCAGGACCAUAACAAUGUCGGGUGCAUUCUCAAGAGGAGCACACACCAUGAACUCCAUGUUCAACAGGCCAAUGGUGAGGAAAGGCUACCACAAGAAGAGCUCCUCUGCCGCCGGGGACACGGUGAGUGGCCGGGAGACGCCGGCCGCGGCGAAGGUGGAGAGUGAUCAGAGCAAGCUGGGAUCUGAUGGUGGUGGUGGGUAUUGCAGUUGGGUUCCGGACGAGAAGACUGGGAUUUACUACCCCAAAGGUCAGGAGAAAGUAAUGCAGGAAAUCCCUGCCGGAGCCGGCAGAGAUGUUGAUGUGCAUUGGUACUCUCACAAUUAUCAAGAGAAUUGCCUCUGA